AUGGCGCUGGAUGGAUCCAGCAGUUAUGUUGCUCCCAACAACCUGACCGAGCCUGCAGACUCCCUGCCCAUCUUCGACGUGCAGCGGGUGCAGCUCCAGUUCCCCAUCGCGGCCGACUUCGUGGCGGCGCAAGUCGCCAACAAUGUGCUGAUUUUGGCUCUCUCGACCAACCGAAUUCUCCGGAUUGAUCUUGAUUCGCCAGAAGAUAUCGAUGACAUCGACCUGCCUAAGAAGUCCUCGGAGAUCGGUUUGAUUCGCCGCAUGUUCCUUGAUCCUUCUGCAUCACAUCUUAUUAUCAGCACUACCCUCGGCGAAAACUACUAUCUCCAUACCCAGUCGCGACAGCCCAAGGCCCUGUCCCGCUUAAAGGGCGUCUCUAUCGAAAGCAUUGCGUGGAACCCUUCGUUACCAACUGCCUCAACACGCGAGAUCCUUCUGGGUACGACGGAUGGAAAUGUCUAUGAAACAUACGUCGAACCAUCGACAGAGUUCUAUCGACGCGAGGAGAAAUACGUCACUUCUGUUUACAAGGUGACAGACGCGUCACCCGUCAUUGGGAUCAGCGCCGAGGCAGUUUCCUCGAAAGCCGACCAGAGAAGGAUUAUCGUCGCAACGUAUGGAAGCUUGGUUCAUUUCUUGGGUCGAGUCGGGUCUACAAAGCAUGGUCGGGAAGGGGGUGGAUCUAUAUAUGCGGAGCUUUUCCAACGCGAGACGCCCCUGAGCUAUGAAAUUCCGCACCCGUCUGGCUCUGCGCCAUCGAUAUUGACAGUCUCAUCAUCUGCAUCUACGGCGGGGGCACAUCAAGCUGCUGGAUAUACUGAAAAGGAGUUUGCGUGGCUCAGCUCCCAUGGGAUCUACCACGGCCAACUUGCCUCUUCGUCUCCAUUUGACAACGCAAAGAUGCUCCCACGGUCGAAGUUCCCUGCCUCUGAAUCCGCCCGAGGUGGAAGGAAGAUGAUCCAGGAUCCAAUCACGGCAAUGGCCUUGUCGCAGUGGCAUAUUUUGGCUCUUGUUGAAGGAAAGGUCGUUGCAGUCAACCGUCUAAAUGAAGAGAUCGUGUACGAGCAAACAGUCUUAGAGCCUAGACAAAGUUCUUUAGGUCUUCUGACGGAUCUCACUCAAAAUACGUAUUGGCUUUUCACCAGCCAAGAGAUUUAUGAGGUUGUCGCCAAUGAGGAAGAUAGAGAUGUGUGGAAGGUCCUUCUCCGCGCGCAGAAGUUUGAUGAAGCACUUCAAUAUGCGCGCAGCGCUGCACAGCGAGAUGCUGUCAUGACUGCCUCGGGUGAUUCUCUAGCCAAAGAAGGCCGUUUCUUCGAGGCGGCAAAAGUAUGGGGCAAGAGCAGCAAAGGGUUCGAGGAGGUUUGCCUGACAAUGAUCGACAACAAGGAGUAUGAUGCUUUGCGGAAGUAUCUCUAUUCGCAGAUUUCGACUUACAAAAAGGCAUCUGUCAUGCAGAGAGUCAUGGUCGCAAGUUGGCUAGUGGAACUUUUCAUGUCCAAACUGAACUCGUUAGAUGAUAAUAUCGCAACCAAAGCGGAGUUAACCGACGGUGCCACCACUGGAGAGAUCAAAGAUGAACUUGGCACUGUUCGAGCCGAGUUCCAGGAGUUUGUCACCAAGCACAAGGCCGACCUGGAUAAGAAAACCGUCUAUGGCAUCAUCAGCAGCCAUGGUCGUGAAGAAGAGUUGCUUUUCUUUGCGACUGUUGCUAGUGACUAUAACUACGUUUUAUCUUACUGGAUCCAACGAGAGAAGUGGUCUGAAGCUUUGAAUGUUCUACAGCGACAGAGCGAGCCCGACGUCUUCUACAAGUACAGCAGUGUACUUAUGACACAUGCGGCUACCGGGUUAAUCGAGAUCCUGAUGCGACAAACCAAUCUGGACCCCGAGCGGCUUAUACCCGCGCUUUUAAAUUACAACAAGACCGCCAGUGUCGCUCUGAAUAAUAAUCAGGCCGUGCGAUACUUGAAUUUCAUCAUUGUCAACCAUCCGCAUCCAUCUGCCGCUGUCCAUAAUACGCUCAUCUCUAUUCAUGCCUCGAGUCAGUCCGCUUCGGAAGCUGGGCUGCUCACCUAUCUCCAGUCACAACCAUCCUCGCCGCCUCCAUACGAUGCGGACUUUGCUCUACGACUGUGCAUCCAGCACAAACGAGUGCAGUCAUGUAUCCACAUUUACAGCGCCAUGGGCCAGUACCUGCAGGCAGUAGAACUUGCCCUGGAGCAUAAUGAUAUCGAACUCGCUGCCAUCGUUGCCGAUCGCCCCGAAGGCAACAAUAAGCUCCGUAAGAAACUCUGGCUUCUGGUGGCCGAGAAGAAGAUCCGUCAGCCAGGCACCGGGAUCAAAGACGCGAUCGAAUUCCUACGUCGCUGCGAACUUCUCCGCAUUGAGGAUCUCAUCCCGUUCUUCCCGGACUUUGUGGUCAUCGAUGAUUUCAAAGAUGAAAUCUGUACCGCUUUGGAAGAUUACUCGCGUCAUAUUGAUGCUUUGCGUCAGGAGAUGGACAAUUCAGCCAACACGGCGCGCCAGAUCCGCAAUGAAAUCGCUAGCCUGGACACCCGCUACGCAAUUGUGGAACCUGGCGAGAAAUGUUGGAUUUGUUCAUUGCCUUUGCUGAGUCGCCAAUUCUUCGUCUUCCCCUGUCAACAUGCCUUUCACAGUGAUUGCCUGGGUAAAGAAGUGUUAGAGGGGGCGGGAGGCAAGAAGAAGUAUAUUCGGGAUUUGCAGGCACAAUUGAGCCAGGGAGACCUUUCCUCGUCCCGGCGAGAGGAUAUUGUGAAGGAGCUCGAUGGACUCGUUGCUGAGACUUGUAUUCUUUGUGGUGAUCACGCUAUCAAGCAGAUUGACAAGCCCUUCAUCGCUGCCUCAGAGACAGACGAGUGGGCUCUCUAA